AUGCAGAUGUUCUGGGGAAAUGACCUACUGACGGGGCCCCGGGGGUGCAUUACCCGUUUGGGAUCCAGUCUUGUCGGGAAGAGGGACCAUGAAUGGGGCUAUCUCUCCAUUUUGGGGAACCAGUGUCCAUCACCUGGGUCAGGGAGACGGAACGGAAUUAGGGAGAUGGGAACCCUUCCAUUGCCAUUAGAAUAUCACGUCGAAUCCUCCGUAAUCCGGAGGGAAAUCAAGGUUCAGUCCCUUCCUGGCAAAGAGUGGGCGUAUUCCGAUGGGAACUCGGAUGUCGAACCAGCGGGUGUGUGGGCUGGGCUGGGCUCCGUCGUGCCAGACCCAAACAUCAAAUUGGGCUCCGUCGUAUCGAGGGUGGUGACUUUUGGACCCUCUUCGUUCCCCCUCUUGACCACUACAGGGAAUAUUGUUGCAGGAGGGCAUCACUCAGAAAAAAAGGUUCCUGGCCUCGGCAGUCGGUCUCCGUUGGCCGAUACGCCCUGCGCCCUAGGCCAAAUCUCGGCCACUUCUCGGACAAAGAUUGAAGUAAACCAAAGUAAAUAAGAAGAAUCGAGAAUAGAUUGUAUAUUUUCAAUGUCGGAGACAUAAGAAUGACAUAUAGAACAUCCGAAACUAGAACCAGCAUCGGCAAGUAUCCACGCAAAAGCAUCCGCAUCCAAGUAAAGAAAAAACAAACCGCCCUGCCUGUUCAAGCCUUCCAAUGUUUUGUGUAAACUCCAACUCCAAAACACCUCGACGCCUUCAUCAUCAAAAAAGUAUAAGCCAAAAUAAUAUGUAGAGGAUGCUGUCCCCACAAGAAGAGAAAGAAAAAGAAUGUGAUGCCAGUCACCCAAAAGAAUCC